AUGGUAGCCGAGUGUCGUUACUGUGCGCGCGCUACUACUCCUCAGAAAUUCAUUGUUCUAAGCGGUUGUUAUGGAGCAACCGAUUCCACCCAGGAUUCGAAGGCUUCUUUUUACAACAACACCGCCUACGAACCCACCUCCCGAAUCCAGAAACAAAACAAACCAGACGACCGAGUAGGUGAUGAUUGCGCGCCGACGCGAAACCUUUUCGCGAAGAUGCCCGUCCUGCUGCCCCCCGGGGCCCUCCCGGCUGCGUACCGCGUCCUCUGUAUGAGAUGCGUGCGCCGUAUUGGGACACCCGACGAUGCUCCCAUGGAGCACGAAUUCUCUGGUUCCUCGAGGAGGAAUAUGCCGCCAUCGUCGCCGCCGAAGCGGCCACCCUCCCGUCCGGCCACCACCCUCAAGACCUACAAGGAGGUCGCGCGCGUGGCCGACCUCUCCAGCGCCGCCAUGCCGGCCCUGCGCUCCCCCUUUGAGGGGGCGCAGUACAUUCAGGGGCUGGCCACCCUCGCUGCCAUCAAGGUAGGACCUCGCCGCCGCGGUGGAGGGGUUGAAGGAGGAUACGGGGAAGCUCCUCGCGGGGCAGGCCCGCGCCGUCUCCUUGCUGGGACGGUGGAUAAAACCACCGACAAGGUGGGGAAGGAGGUGAGCUUCGUGGCGACUGCGGUUGCGAAGGUGGAGAAGGCGGUGGGGAAGUUGGCCGGGGCUGUUGCGGUGGCUCCCCGCAAUGGCGGGAAGAGGAAGAGGGGGGAGGAGGAGGAGGGGAAUGGGGAGAACCCGAUUGGGUGA